AUGAGGCUAAUCAGUUCUAUUUUUAUUCUUACUGUAUUGAUUUCUUUAAAUUCUGCUGAAAAAGACACGACCAGUCGACUGGCCAAUGUUAUACGCAAGACGUUUAAGGGAAUCGACACGGAUCAGGACGGCGAUGUGACCUGGCCCGAAUACCAGGCCUAUUUGACUAGGAGGUUUGGCCCGAAGCUGGCCACGGUCGAUGGGCCAAUGAUUUUCGGGCAUGCCGACGAGAAUGGCGAUCAGCGCAUUAAUGAAAAUGAAUACAUCCACUACAUCACGGCCACGCUCGGCCGCGCCGACAUUGUCGAAAAGUUGAGCGAAUCUGAGGCGGCCCUCCUCAACGACAGCAAGCAUCCAACUUCGGAA